UCCGGAAUCAGCACCUGGAUGACCUGGAGUAAAUGUGGUGGGGUCAUUCCCACAAUCAGGAAUGAGGGGGAGACCCCUCACUCCACAGGCACGGCUGGCGCAGGCAGCGCGAACGAGAAAUCAAGCCAGAGUCAACGCCAGCCAAGAACCUCCGAGGAGGGGGGCAGAGCCAGAAAAGAGAAAGGAGGCCGUGGAAGUAGAAGAUGAUGAUGAUGACGAUGAAGAGGAAGAGGACGAGAGGCUGCGUAGGGAGGAGGAUCAGAAAGCAGAGCAGCGGGCGAGGAAAAAAGGAACCAGGGGAGAGGUCGAGCCGGUCGUGCGCGACGGACCGCCCAAAAGGAAGAAAUAUGCGGUUCGGUUGGAAGAGGGAUUUGACGUAGAGAAAGUGAUCGACCGGCUGCUAGAAGGGCAUAACGAUCUCAUGACCCUGAAGGAAAUCCUAGCGUCAGCCCCGCGACUCCGCGAUAAGAUUGAAAGGGAGGUUGUCGCGACGCUUGGUGCCCAAUGUCCAUCUCGGUACGAUCCUGCCCAAGGAGGCAGAGUGGUCGGAGUCAGGCUUGAAGAUGGACUGGAAGUGCGUAGCCUGCGGAACACCGGACCAAGGAGUAUAAGGAACCGGCCCAAUCGAGGAUCGUUCACGAUCGAGGAAUCGGAAGGGGAGCGCAGGAGACUCUGGGCAGAGCCCGAAGCAGGAGAGAGGGUGGAAGCAUUUUCCCUCAACCUGUCAGAUAUUGGGAAGGCCAUGGAUUUGGUCGCCGUGCAUGAGAUGGCAGAUCCAGAUGCCAUCCAGGCCUUGAGGGAACAAGUUCUGGAAUGCCCUGAGGCAGGGAGGUUGGAAUUGGUAUAUCGGCUCCCAGGAAGUGGAGGGAACCCCGCAUCAGCGCAAACACAAUCCAUAGGGGCGAUAGAAGAAAGGAUCCAUGAGGCGUCUGACCAGGCGGCGAGAAGCCGUAUGGACGAUAAGGCUCGGUGGGAUCAAUCUGCGCGGGUGAGGAAAGUACCCUUGGCAGUUGGAGAUGUCGUGUUUCUCUACGAUUCAUCACUGGAGAAGCAAUGGUCCAGGAAGCUCGAUAAGAGGUGGUCUGACUUUACGAAGACAGCCAURCCAAGAGGAGGGAAGGGGACACGGCCGCCUCAGAGGCCGUUGGGCGCAUCAGGAGGAUAUGAGCGACAUGGGCCUCGCCAUCUAGAGAGUACUCCGGUCGACAAUGAUGGGGACAUCGAGCUAUUCUUGGACAGUUUCUGGGAGCAUGCGAGGCGUAUGCGUUGGACUGUCGCUCAGGCGAUUGAGGGAUUGAGGGGGGCAGGUAGGUUCGAGGAACCCAUUGCCAGGAUUCGUAGGGAGGUGACAACGAGGCAGGAGGUGGAGAUGAGGAUGGAGGAGUUGCGACCCUCGCCUGUGGGACCUAAUGGCAGGCCGAUCCGCCUGGAGAUUGGAAAUGCGUCGGACUUCAUCCCCGCGUUUGAGUGGUUCAUGCAGGGGCAGGGCAUACCGAGAGAUGAUUGGAUGCAGACGCUACCACUCUGGACCAGGAAGGCGGAAAGGCCACUGGCUAUGCAGAUCAGGGACAUGGCACGAGAUUGGGGGAGCUGCAGGGCACAUCUGAGAGAGGCCUUUCGACGGCCAGAGCUCCCUCAGCCCAGAGUCGAGAGGCGGCAGAGGAGUCAAAGACCGAGGGACCCUGAGCCCAGGGAGGCGAGACCAUCACGAGGAGGACGGAAGGUCCUAGCCAGGAGAGAGGAGGAGCCGGAGCAGGAGCCAAAGGUUGAAGAGCGAGGGACAUACCCUGAGUGUGGGUUGGGACCAGUGGAGUUCCAUCGUUUUACUUGGGGUGGAUUGAGGAGGUCGCCAGCACACCCACGGGAGGAGCCGCCAGUGUCUGAAGGGCCGUUGAGAGAGUUAGAAACGCAUCUGGAUAUCUCUCAGUGGAAAGCGUCGCCUCAGGAUGAGAAACAUGAAGAGCAAGUAGAGGAGGUGCCACGAGAGGAGGUGCCACAGGAGGAGAUACCGCGAGAGGAGGUGUCACAGGAGGAGGUGCCACGGAAAGAGGUCCAGGGUACUCAGCGAGAGAGAAGGCUGGGCGAYGAGGGGAGACGUGCAGGGAAGGAAGUGAUAGAGGUUCGAGAGGACACGCCCCCACAGACGCCAGCAGUGGGUUUGAGACUCGGAGAUGCACCAGGGAGCACCCAGCAGGCAAAGGAGAGGUUGCAGAGAGAGGAGGCCCCAUUACCGUCGUCAGAAAAGGCUCCUUCGCCAGAAGGGAGGGCAGCUGUAAGGAGGGAAGCUUUGACUUUGAUUGAUAGACACCUAGCAGCUUAUGCCCUGGAGCAUCCAGACCUGGAGGAGCCAGCACCUGCAGAGCCACGCCAGGACUAUCAUCGAGAGCCUGAGGCAGCAAACCCAGGGAAGGUGGACAGGCCAGAGAGCAGCAGGCAGGGAGAGCAGAGGCAGCCGGGACAAGGAUUGCUAGGACAGCCAUCUGCAGCAGAGCCUCGCCAGGAGCCACCUAUGGGGAGAGCUAUCCUGGAACCAGAGGAGGCGAGAGCCCGGAGACAGGCGGAGAGAGAGGCACUCGAGUUUAGAGCCCCUACUGAGCUCGCGACGCUGCCAGUGGCGGCGGCAGGCCCAGUCGUACCUUUGGUAGUAGAGGAGGGGCCGCCACCAUCGAGCAGUGAGCCGGCUCAGGGCUCAGCAGAGGGAUCCAUGGGCGUGCUCCUUGAGGCGGUGCAUACUAUGCAGGAAGAGGUGAGUUUGUUUUCGCCUGAGCAGAGGAUAGAGGAGCCUCUUGAGAGAGAGAUGGGGAUUGAGGUAGAGGGUGCUAUCGAGAGCAGGCUCCAGAAAAUGGGCACACCUGAGUAUGGACCAGAGGAGAUUGAGGAGCAGCCCACGACAGUGCCAGGAGAGACACUCGAGAGGAGGCCUCAGAGGUUGGACAUGCCUGAGUACGUCCCAGCGACAGGGGAUUUGAGGAGUAGACUGGGAUCUUGGGCUACUGGAUCUGAAUCUGGGGGACCGGUUCCUGGGACGGAGCAGGAGGAGGUCAUUAGUACCACAGCUCCUCGACAKGAGCGGCAGGAGGUUGUUAGUACCUUGGUAGGAUCUCCUUCAUCGCCACCUCCUCAGCCCAGGAAAAAGAAGUUCAAGAGAAAAGUAGAUCAGCUAUGUUUCUACUGCAAGAGGGACAUGCAUCUGGCUUUGGACUGUCUCGAGUUUCUUGAGGAUAAGGCAGCAGGGAAGGUCUCAGAGGUAGAAGGUACUGUGAGUAUGAUUGUAAGUAAAACUGUCUACUCCUCGGUAUACUUGUGCGACCUGCCCACGGCAGCUGAUAAGGCAGAGUAUAAGGGGAGGAAGCGCAGUCCGUCUGUGAAAGCUAUCUAAGUUGUGAUGAGGACCCAUAAGAUGGUCUCUAAGUGAUGUUCUGUUUUAUGAUGAGACCUGCUUAGAUUUUGGAAAAGGGGGGAUGUUUUAUGAUGUUUUCAGGAACAUCACUUUGAGAGAGGGGGUGUUUGGUUUAUGACGAGACCCUCGUGAUUUCUGGAAGAGGGAAUGUAUUGUUUAUGGCGAAACCCCUCGUGAUUUUUGGAAAAGGGGGGUAUUUUGUUUAUAAAAAGAGUCCCGUUUGGAUGGUUGGAAAAGGGGAGAGUUUUUUUUUGUUGGAAAACUCUUCCUCAGAAGUGACUAAAUUGAUUUAUGGCAUGACGAGUUGUUUGAUGGGUGAUAAAGCCUGACGGAAAGG